AUGGUGGUGACUAAUAGAUUGAUGGUCUCGUCAGAAGAUGAUCAGGAGAAGUUUGUUCCGCAGUGGUUGAGGCCGAUUACGGUUGCCAAGUUCUACAGCUCGUGCGAAACUCAUCGCUCUAAAGAGCGCAACUACUACUGUAGAGUCUGCAUGCUCUCUUUCUGCAAAGUUUGCAAGGAGCAACACGAUCGCUCCAAGCACGAGAUCCCAACGGUAUAUAAAACUUCAUGCAUGGCGUCCUUCAGAAUAAAGGACCUGAAGCCGCUAUGGGAUAUUUCUAGUAUUCAUCUGUAUACUUUCAACGGGUGUUUGGUCGCCGUCAUAUACAAAAAGGGGAUAGGGAUCUCUCGUUCCUGCUAUAAGAAUCGCGUCGCGGAGUGCGAAUCUUGCCGGUAUGGGCUCAAGUUGCCGAGCGCCAAGUACUACUCCGUGGAAUGCAAAGUUGAAGCCCCGCUAAGGAUGGAUGAAAGCAUGGUUUUAAUGAAAAGGCAAAGAGCAAGCUAG